AGCUUGGCCCACGCUGGGCGCAAGCGAGGCGUUGGUUGGGUGGCUUCAGGCAGGUGGGUUAGGUGAUGGGUGAAUUUAGACAAGGCCUUCGCCGACGGCCACUGAUCAACUCCAUCGUUGCCUUGCUGCUGCUCAGCCUUUCUUUGAGAUGGUCAAGUACCUGCUUUGGAGGCAAGAAACACAAGGACUUGCCAACAGAUGAGAAGGCGAAGAUUGUCAGCUUGAUUGGGCGCGAGGUGCUCGAUAGCCGAGGGAAUCCCACGGUCGAAGCAGAGCUGACCACAGGCUACGGCACCGUACGGGCCAUCGUGCCCAGCGGUGCCUCCACAGGCAUCUACGAGGCUCUGGAGCUCCGAGAUGGCGAUGCCCGCUUCAGAGGAGCAGGGGUGACGAAGGCAGUGUCCAACAUUAACAAAGUCAUCGCGCCCAAACUGAAGGGCAAAGAUGUCCGCUUUCAGAAGGAGCUCGACGAGCUCAUGGUCCACAAGCUGGACGGAUCCCAGAAUGAAUGGGGCUAUCCCAAGGAGAAGCUAGGCGCCAACGCCAUCCUGGCAGUCUCUAUGGCUGUUUGCAGAGCAGGUGCUGAUGCUUUUGAUUUGCAACUCUUUGAGUACAUCGGCGAGCUGAAAGAGACCAAAUUCGAGGUCGCACGUAUUGAAGUGCAAAGAGCUAGAAGAAGGACAUACAAGAUGCCGGUGCCAAUGAUGAAUGUCAUCAACGGCGGCCGACAUGCGGGAAACAAACUCCCAAUGCAGGAGUUUAUGAUCGCCCCCACUGGCGCCAAGUCUUUCAAAGAGGCGCUUCAGCUUGGCGCUGAGGUUUACCAGUCGCUGAAGACGGUGGUCAGAGAAAAGUACGGACAGGAUGCCGUGGCUGUUGGAGAUGAAGGCGGCUUCGCUCCAAACAUUCAGGAGAACGAUGAGGCCUUGCAGGACCUGAUGGAUGCCAUCAAGGAUGCUGGCGCCACUGGCAAGGUCAAGCUUGCCAUGGACAUUGCUGCCUCUGAGUUCUACAACAAGCAGGACAAGACCUACAAUCUGGGCUUUAAGGUAGACAAUCCUGAUCCGUCCUUGAUAAAGAGCAAAGAGGAGAUGGUGGCUUUCUACAAAGAUGUCACUUCGAGAUUCCCGGUGGUGUCCAUCGAAGACCCCUUCGAUCAGGACGACUGGGAGGCAUAUAGCAGUAUGGUGGAGGAAAUGGGAAAGAGCGUGCAGGUGGUCGGAGAUGACCUGCUUGUCACCAAUCCCAAGAGGAUCCUCUAUGCCGAGGAGCACAAGGCUGCCAAUGCGCUGCUCCUGAAGAUCAAUCAGAUUGGGAGCAUCACCGAAGCCAUCACCGCCUACCAGGACAGCGUGACUGCUGGCUGGGGCGUCAUGGUCUCUCAUCGGAGUGGUGAGACUGAGGAUACCUUCAUUGCGGACUUGGCAGUGGGACUGAGCACAGGGCAGAUCAAGACGGGCGCCCCGUGCCGUUCGGAACGAGUUGCAAAGUACAACCAGCUGCUGCGCAUUGAAGAGUACUUGGGCCGAAGAGCCUCCUAUGCCGGCGAGAAGUUCCGGGACUCCUGAGAUCCGGGCAGCCCACUUCCGACUCGUGGUCAGCUUUGCAAAGCGGCGGGUGAAAUGGCGCGGUUUGCCGCUUUUUGCCGGGCGAUCUGGGCCUCCAACCCAGCAGGCCAAGGUGCUGAGAGCUUUUGCAGGCUUAGACAUGUAAAUAGGUUCCCACAUACUUUUAACUUGUACACAGGCGAGUUGCCUGUCGCUACAGUAUCGUAUCUCGGGGGAAUCUGCGGGCCAUCGAUUCACGA